UCUAGUGGAGAAGUCGAGGAGGUAGUGAUGCCAAGCACCACCCUGGAUCUAGCAACCUCCCAAAGUGUAGCUGACAAGGCUGCCAACUUGGCCAAGCCCACGGCGGAAACGCAAGAGCCGAUCAUCUCAUCAUCGGCUGUCCCUCUGGUCUUAGGAGAGGGUUGUGACCUCUCAAGCUUGCUAACGUUCGACCCUGAAUCAAUCGAACCAGCCACUUCCAGGGCAAGCGAAGAGCUAGGACCCAGCACUACCAAUGGCCAACUCCAGCGCCUCAAGGCUUUGCUCUCCUCCUCAAUUGAGACAUUGGUUGAAAACCCUGAUGAAGUGAAGGGCAUUCUUGAGGACAUUCAGCCCCAUCUCCCGGUGACAUUGCAGGUGAAACUCUGGCCAGUCGUGACUCUAUCGGCCUUCAGGUCAAGGGUGAAGUUGGCUCGUCAGAGAAUCGACCUACGCCACGCCCAGCUUCCGUUGAAAGCCGAUAUUGCAAACAAGUGCCAACGGCUCAAUGAGAAAAAGGCUGCCUUGGACGCCAAAACUGACACCUCUAUUAGCAGCACCGAACUUGAGACCCUGCGCAAGGAACUGGAGGAUCUUGAAGAGAGGGUCAGGGUAACCAAACAGCUUAUCCAAGAUAAGGAAGCUCUCAUUGCCCACUCUCAAGAGGAAGCAGAAGGCCUCAAGGUUGAACUGAAGACUGAUCUGGCCGAAAUACGGGCUCUGAAUAGACAGCUGGUGACAGGCAAGGAUGAAGAUGACGAGGCCAAGAUCUCCGAGGUGGAUCGUCAGUUGGCAUGA